GUCCCCGACAGAUCCCAGAGAGAGCAGACAGUGCAUUUGAUUUUUGUCUCAGAGCAGGAUGAGUGUUGUGAAGAGAGCCAUGCUGCAGACGCUGCUGCAGAUGCUGCUGCUUGCAGCGAUCGGCAGCUCCGCCGCAGCGGGCCCCGAAGACUGCCACGGUCUGAACGUAACGCUGCAAACAAAAGACAUGCACAAGAUUUUCGGGGACUGGGUCCUAGUCUGGUCCGUCACUGACCACGACAAAGGCAACGCACUAGCUCUAAACGUCACCAGCUCGCACGUCGAGUUCAGACUCCACGAUGACAACAAGAUGGUCAUGUUCACAGAGAGGACCAAGUUCAUGUGAGUUCAGAGCUUACAUAGUCUCACUUU